AUGGUCGCCGAAAUAAUCACCACAAUCUCCCCCACGACCAACAAACCCAUCCUGACCCGACACGGGCAAUCGCCCGAGGCGAUCCUAAAACUGGGCACGACAGCCCAGGCUGCCUUCAAGGCAUACCGCGAAUCCCACCCGACGCUCGCGUCGCGGCUGCAGAUUGUGUCGCAGGCCCUGAAGACGCUGGUGGAGCGACAAGAUGCGCUGGCGCGCGAACUCACGGAGCAGAUGGGGCGGCCGAUCGCGUACACUGCGAAAGAAAUCGCCACGGCGGUCAAGAGGGCCGAGUACAUGAACAAAGUGGCGCCGGACGUGCUGGGGCGGGACGCGAGGAUCGCAGGGGAAGAGGAGACCGGGUUUAGGCGGUACAUCACGCGGAGUGACCCCGUCGGCGUCGUGCUGGUCAUCUUCGCGUGGAACUACCCGUACCUGAUCCUGGUGAACAGCCUGAUCCCUGCGCUUCUGACUGGGUGCGCCGUGAUUCUCAAGCCGAGCCCGCAGACGCCGACCGUCGUCGAACACAUGGUCGACAUCUUCCGCGGGGCGGGCCUGCCGGAGAACGUCAUCCAGUUCCUCCACUGCGGGAGCCCCGUGGACCUCAAGCCCCUGAUCCUCUCGCCCGACGUCAACCACAUCUGCUUCACCGGGUCCGUGGCCGCCGGGGUGGCGAUCCAGACGCUGGCGGCCUCGCGCGUCUCAUGCUCCGUCGGGCUGGAACUCGGGGGUAAGGACCCGGCCUACGUGCGCGGGGACGUGGACGACGUCGCCUGGGCGGCCGAGGAGAUUAUCGAUGGCGCCAUCUUCAACUCAGGCCAGUCGUGCUGCGCCAUCGAGCGCGUCUACGUCCACGCCGACGUCUACGACUCUUUUGUGACCGAGGUCAAAAAGGUCUUACGGGGCUACAAACUCGGCGACCCGCUGGACCCAUCCACACACAUCGGGCCCGUCGUCUCCCAACGGUCCAAAGAGACGAUCGAGAAACAAGUCGCCGACGCCAUCGCCGCGGGCGCCGUAGACGAAACACCGGCCAACGCAACCUUCAAAACACCCGCCGGCCCGCCCGAGGGCAACUGGGUGGCGCCAACGCUCCUCACGAACGUGAACCACACCAUGUCGAUCAUGCGCGACGAGACCUUUGGGCCGGUGAUCCCGGUCCAGAAGGUCUCGGGCGACGACGAAGCCCUCGCCCUGAUGAACGACUCGCAGUUCGGCCUGACGGCGUCGAUCUGGACCAAGGACACGCGGCGCGGCGAGGACCUGUGCGGCGCCGUCGAGGCCGGCACCGUCUUCGUCAACCGCGCCGAUUUCCCCAGCCCGGACCUCGCCUGGACGGGCUGGAAGGACAGCGGCAAGGGCGUCACCCUGAGUAGACUCGGCUUCGAGCAGUUUGUCAAGGUCAAGAGUUUUCACGUCAAGGAUUAUCCAAAAUAA